AUGCAGGCCCAACAAUCUGACACUCUGGUUCGCUGGAAUAAUAAUGAUUGUAAUUCUAUUAUCCUGAAUGUGGAUGGCAGCUGCUUAGGCGAAACUGUUCGAGCCGGAUAUGGAGGUCUAAUCCGCAAUUCUGCAGGCCUCUACCUCUCGGGUUUCUCAGGUUUCAUGGCUUCAACAACGGACAUUCUUCUAGCCGAACUCACUGCUAUUUAUCGAGGUCUUCUUCUGGCUGUACAAUUGGGCAUCACAGAUAUGGUUUGCUAUUCUGACUCCUUGCACUCUGUUAAACUUCUCACUGAACAUGCUUCAAGUUUCCACGUCUAUGCUGUGUUAAUUCAAGACAUCAAAGACAUUUUGUCCACUACAAAUUUCUCCAUUCAUCAUUGUUUAAGGGAAGGGAACCAAUGUGCGGACUUCAUGGCUAAGCUGGGCGCUACCUCAAACACUGAAUACCAUCAUCAUGCCACUCCUCCACAUGCCUUACUUCCUUUGAUUAGGACCGACGCAGUGGGAACUUUGUAUCCUAGAGUCUAA